CGUAGGUCCACAAUUUUCCCUAAUUUGGGCUGUAUAGGCAUACCGCAAGAAACAGCGUUCGCACGGUCCAGCGGACUUCGUACAAUGCAUGCCUUGCCGGCGGGUCUGUCAACCGUUGAGUCGAUCGGCCCAGGGUCCGGUCGCACCCGGCCGUCUGCCCGGCGCCCGCGCCCAGGGUCGCGCUCUCACCUUCACCUCUGAGGCUCCACACGUCAGAAUUAUUCAAUCGACAUUAGUCGGGCUCCCUGAUGUCACUACGUGUUUUGGUACAUGGGAACGUCUAGGCUGUGUCAAAUUCUUUUCAGAGAAUUCACAUAGGCGAACAUGCUUAAAUUGAAUCUCGUUGUUAUCGCGUAGGCCUUGGUACUACUUCAAGGGUAACUAUUGUGUUGCUGUAUUCUUUAUUCCCCCGUGGUUGUUGUAAUUAGGUUGAAUACCUUUUCUUGAACUAUCUCAACUAACUUCAUGAAGUUGCUGCCUUGAUUUUCACUAACAUUUUCGCAGUUGAAACCCCCUCAAGCAGUACACCAGACCAUGGAGGUAGAAUUUUUUGACCAGACCAUGGUAUAGGAUGAAGACUGCCGUCCAAGAAUCGUGUAGACCGAGAUGAUACAGGCAUAGCGGCCUACUACUACCGACUACUACUCGUAGGCCUACAUAUUUUGUUGUUUGUUGGCCGUAAUCUUCAUCUUGGGACCAACUUUUCUCGCUCUUGACUUGAGACUGGCCGAGGCAGUUGCGUAACGUCUACUCAGCCCACUACCACAACGUACUGAGCGAUACAUUGACAAAAGACAAGUGGUUCUAAGCUGCAUUAGGGGAGUUGACAAUGGGGGAGCCAGUGAUAUGGCACAGGGAUGGCUGCCACCACAGCACAGUGUUAGAGAUGUUAGAGCGAUUCCGCAAGGAGGGCCACCUCUGCGAUGUCACACUGAAGAUAGACAAGCACUGUCUACAGGCGCAUAGGCUUGUCCUUGCCGCUAGCAGCCCCUAUUUUCAAGCUAUGUUCAUGGGCAGCAUGCAAGAAAGUCGGCUAGACACCAUCAUCAUGAAAGAUGUUGACCCCACAGCCCUGGAAGCCAUGGUGUCCUAUGCCUACACGGCCUCCAUCAAGCUGGAGUCAAACAAUGUCGAGAGCAUCCUGGCCUGUGCGAGUCUCCUCCAAGUCACCAGUGUAUCCAGCGCGUGCUGCCAGUUCCUAGCCUCCCACCUGGGCCCCAGCAAUUGCCUGGGUGUGUGGCGUCUGGCCGACCUGUACUCCUUCCACGACCUGGGCCAGCAGGCCCUCAAGUACGCCCGGGACCACUUCCGGCAGGUGUCGGUGGAGGCGGAGUUCCGGUCGUUGACAGGGGCGGAGCUGGAAACAUUGAUUGCAUGCGAGGAACUGGCAGUGGAUUGUGAAGAGCAAGUUUUUCAAGUCAUAGUUGAGUGGGCCAAGUUUGAUCCCUCCCAGCGCGCCUCUCAGCUCUGGCCCCUCCUGAAGCAUGUGGCGGUACAUCUCCUCUCGCCGGAGUAUCUGCUGGACCAGAUUGAGACCGAGCCAAUUCUAUUGCAAGAGGGCACCAUUAUGUCGCACCUCAUCCAGCUAUUGCAGGUCAACAAUAAGGCAGAGAGCUCCGUGCAAAUCAGGGGGCACAGGAAGAAGGUGAAGGUGUUGCUCGCAGUAGGAGGGGAGCAGGAAGGGUGCUCCCUGAAUUCUUGCCACAUCUUCUCAGACGACAGCGACUGCUGGUCCGCGUCAGUACCUUGUCAGUCGUCGGGCCAGCUUGGGGACAUGCCAAUCGCAGCAAUGAAAUUGGGGAGGUCGGCAUUUGGAAUCGCGUGCGAUGGGAAUCAGGUCUACGUGGCAGGUGGGCUCUCCACAUCAUCCAGUUCCAUCAGCACCGUUGAGCGCUACAGCCCGACCGCCAACGCCUGGCAGGAAGUAGCUACAAUGAGGGAGGGGCGUCACGGAUGCCAGGCCUGUCUGCUUAACAACGCGGGCUACGUCUUUGGCGGCCACAAUGGCAGUAGCUACUCCAAGACCAUGGAGCGGUUCUGCCCGGUCAGCGGGGUCUGUGACUAUGUCGCUGAGCUGCCGCAAGCCAAGGCAUUCAUGGGAUCGGUAGUACUAGGAGGUUGCAUCUAUGUCAUCGGUGGUACAGGAAGCAAUGGACAAAACAUUUACCACAACAGCGUUCAUUGCUAUGAUCCCGUUGGCAACCGAUGGAACACUGUUAUGCCAUUACAGGAGUGCCGUGCCUAUGUGGGUGCCGCUGUGGUGAACGGCUGCAUCUAUGCCAUCGGUGGCUUCAAUGGGAAGUGGCUCAAGACCGUCGAGAAGUACGACCCUGCCGCCAAUCGCUGGGUCCAGGUGGCACCCAUGAAGCACGAGCGCAGCAGCUUCGGGCUGUGUGUGGCGGAUGGGCAGAUCUACGUUGCUGGCGGGUUUGACGGCAGGCGCAGCCUGAGCACGGCAGUCAAGUAUGACCCUGCCACGGACAGCUGGACGUCAGUCACCAGCAUGCCUGGCAGCUGGUAUGGCAUGCGUUUGGCUUUCCUUAAUUGGUGAAGACAAGUGGCAUUGAAUAGGAGGAUGAAAUGAAACAGGUCAAUACCAAGUUAUGCUUCUCUCCUAAGGGAGCCCGAAAGUGCAGUUCAGUUGAAUAUUGGCCAGCAGCGAUCAUUGUAAUUCAACUGAUAUGUUCAGAUUUGGUCAAACUUUAUUCUACCAAGGUGUCAGCAUCAGAUAACAUGAUUGAUUUGGCCCCCAAACCCCGGAAAUUUUCCCCAAAUCCCAGAGUUUGUCUCUGUCUGAAAAACAGUGCUAAAAUGCACCUCUGCCAAUGCCUCUACUGUAAAGUCAAGUCUGCCUAUUAAGACAUCUAUGUACCAUGGGCUAGAGUUAUUUUCAGGGCAAUUAUUUCUUACAGGACUCGUGUGGCAUGCAUAUUUCCAGCCAUCAUUCUUUUUAAAAAAUGUUAUAGCAUAGAAUACCGAAGUGUGAUGUCAUUUUGAACCAGGAAUUGCAAUGCAAGCAAAUGGAGUAAAGGGGCAUGUUGGUUCACCUGAUAGUUCACCUGAUAGUUCACAUAAUUGUGACACAUAAUACACUCAUAAUUGUGUUGAUGGUGCAUUCACUUUGGUACUCUAUAGUAAAAGAGGCUGAAUAUUUCGAAUGUAUUUGGCAAACUAUCUGUUUUUUAAAAUUACAACUGCCGCAGUUUUUUAUCUUACUACUUUUAAGCAUCACACGUAUUUUUAAAUUUCCUUCACCUUAUCUCAUGUGAAAUGUUAAUUUAGUUUUUCUAAUAAUGCAGGUGAUUAAUAAUAUGUAGAAAAUGGCUUGUUUUAUUGUAAGAUUUUCAUUUCAAUGAAACCUUAAAAAUAAGCAAAUCAGGAUACGAAGCAGUGUUUGUAAUUGUUUUUUAAUGUGAAUUGUAUUGACUUAAUUGAUUUGAUGAACAUCCAGGUCAAGACAGUGCGUGAACAAAAUGAUAAAAAGAAAAGAAAGCUUCAAGAGAUCUCCAGAAGGGUAUGCAGGACGCUAAGCGGAUGUAGUUUUGCGCUCCAGAGGACCAGCCUUUUCGGCCUUUUUCAUUUGCAAAUAUUGACUGCCUGACAUUUUCCCAUGGACAGCAAAAGUUCACCCUAGGGUGUUAACAACGUCAGCCUCUAAACUUCACAUUUCGCUUCCUCCGUGUUAACAUGAGUGGCAUUUUCUAUUAAUUCUUUUGGCGUUGCACUCGCGACCAGCCAGAGAGUUCUCCAGCCAGUUUGGCAACUCUGCGCUUGUGACUUAGGCCAAAGGACAAUAUGACGUCAGGUAGCUUCUGAUGACAGAAUACAGCGUGACGUAAUGUAUGUACAUGUAUUUAGAACCCCAUCUAUAUUUUUAAAUGCAAUGUGCGCUUUUUGUUCAAUUUGAAACGACCCCAGACCAAUGGUGAACAGGUUUAGUGGUAGGUCCUUGUCACAGGUGUACAGAGCUGUGUCGAUUAGUCUUCGCCGGGAUAUGCUGAGGUAAAACAUCGCCUAGUUGUCUAUGUCCUCUGGUGGUUUUUACAAGCCACUUUCAGGUGAACUGAGGUCAGUAAAGAGCGACUAAGGCAAGCAUGCAGGGUAUCAUGGAAAGCCCAUAUAUAUGCAGUUUGCCUUGGUGGAUUUCCAGUUGGGGAGGGAGACGUUAUCUUCCUGCCGACAACUCAUUUACUCGCAAUGUCAAAUUCUUUGAUAAAUUUUUACAUGUCGGGGAGAAGUAAUCAAACCCUCAACUACAGACAGUCUUGUCCUUGAUUUGGUCCAACUGUUAACAAUAGUUGAGCCUCUUGGGGUCAUCGAGGAUCUGUAGUUGAAAUUAACAAAUGAAACAUUCAGAAAGGACACGGUGCUACCUCCCCCUCUCAAAGCAGGCCACCAUUCAAUUUAGACCAGACACUUACUACUUUUCUGGUGCCGAAAAGGUACAAUGUUCCAACUGGACAAAUGUCCAAUGACUUUCUUGCCAGCUUGGCGAAGUGCGCUUUACACAAGCUGCUUUGACAACUUUAAAAUAAAAGUUGGCAGGGUUUCAAAAACAUACGUUUGCCAUCAUUCCUGCAGCCGGGUUUCUGUUUAAAUGAGAUUUCGUCUUGGAAUCAGAGAGGUUUUUUUAUCCGUUGCUGGUUUCGCUGGAAGCACUCUUGCAGAAGAGAUUUCAAGUGGCAGUCGCUCCUAGACUUGCCCUUUGCUCAGUCUUGGAAGAUUUCAGCCGAGUGGUUCAAAAAAUCUUCGUCAGAUAAAAGCGAAGCCCUGCAGAAUCGUUGGUGCCUGAGAUACACCAUAGAGGAAGGACACAGAAGGAGUUGCAACUCUGACACUUCAAAGCGUUCGGUGAUGGUCGCCGCGGAGUCAGACGAAUAAUAGAAAACAUUCCAAAAAUGCCUGAUUACUGCCUGCAUCUUAGCGGUACCAGUAAUGUCCUAGCAAUACUUGAAGUUUUUGCUUGCAUUUAAAUACAAAUUAUUGCUGUGACCAGGAACAGAG